AUGCAUGUGCCUCCUUCAUCCACAGCCCCUGGAGCAGAAGUGACUGCUGCCGCGUUGCGACUACAACAAUCGAACGUGAGCGGUAUAUCCGGUCUAUUUAAGAACAAAAAGGUCUUCCUAAUUGCGUUAUUUGCCUCCUUCGGUGGCCUCGAGUAUGGCUACCAACAAGGCGUUAUCUCACAGGCUCUAGUGAUGAGCAGGUUCAAGGCCGACUUCCCCAGUAUCGUGGGCUCUUCAGGUGCUACAGGAUGGUUGACAUCCAUUUUGCAACUUGGAGGAUGGUUUGGUGCAUUAUCCGCUGGCAUCUUGGCCGAAGUCUUCUCUCGAAAGCAUACCAUUCUGAGUGGUGCUCUUUGGGUUAUUCUCGGAUCUUUCCUCUGUGCCGGUGCGCAUAAUGGAUCUUAUCUUUUUGCUGGUCGUUUCUUUACAGGUAUUGGGGUCGGAACACUUAGUGCUGUUGGACCUCUAUACAAUGCCGAGCUUGCUCCUCCCGAGAUGCGAGGGUUACUCGUUUCCCUCCAACAACUAUCCACUACUGUGGGUAUUAUGCUCUCCUACUGGAUCGGAUACGGAACAAACUAUAUCGGCGGAACAGGUGAUGGACAGUCCGAUUGGGCAUGGCGGACUCCCCUUAUCAUCCAAGGAAUUCCAGCCAUUAUCCUUGCGUUGGGUGUUGUUUUCUUCUUGCCAUUCUCUCCUCGGAUGCUGAUCACCAAAGGCCGCGAGGAAGAAGCAUUCAAAACACUUGCCUAUCUCCGCGGCCUUCCCGAGGAUGAUGUUGUGCUACGAUGUGAGUACCUAGAGAUCAAGUCCGAAGUACUCUUCGAACAACGAGUAUUCGCGCAGAAGUUCCCCCACCUCGCUGAAAGUGGGCGUAGUAUAUGGCGCCGUGAGCUUGCACAAUAUGCCAACAUCUUUCGCACGAAGGACAACUUCAAACGAGUGGCUAUUGCAGGGUUGGUCAUGUUCUUCCAGCAGUGGAGCGGAAUUGACUCCAUUAUCUACUAUGCUUCUUCGAUUUUCCAGACUCUUGGCUUGACUUCUGGUACUAUUUCCCUCCUUGCUACUGGGGUAGUUGGCAUUAUCAAUGUCUUGGCAACCAUUCCGGCGGUCAUGAUUAUUGACAAGGUCGGACGGAAACCUCUCUUGAUGGCUGGAUCCGUUGGAAUGUUCUGUUCCAUGGUUAUCGUUGCAGUAAUUGUGGCUAAAUGUCAACAUGACUGGGAGCACAAUGUCGCUGCGGGUUGGGCGGCCGUUGCCUUUAUCUGGAUCUAUAUUGCCAACUUUGGAUAUUCGUGGGGACCUGCCAGUUGGGUUUUAAUUGCUGAGAUCUUUCCUCUCUCGAUUCGUGCUAAGGGCACUUCGAUUGGCGCCUCUUCGAACUGGAUGAACAACUUCAUUGUGGCCUUCAUUGUGCCGCCGAUGAUCGACGGCAUUGGUUGGGGAAUGUACUUAUUCUUCGCUGUUUGGCUUUUUAUUGGCGCACUCUUCAUCUGGUUCUUCGUCCCUGAGACAAAGAACAAAACGCUUGAAGAGAUGGAUACGGUGUUUGGUAGUGUGACGGCUUCUCACGAGCAAGAAAUGUUUGCAGCAGCAAGAGACGAGGUUGGAUUGACGCUCCUUCUAAACGGAAAUAUCAAAUCAGCUGGUGCUGAAGACCAUGAAGGCAAGGAUCUGGAAUCCAGUGGGCACUUGGAGAGUGUCUAG